AGGCCCGCAGUCACUUUGGCUCCCGCCGCUCUAGGUCGAGCCGCUCUCGCUUGAGCUGCUAUAUGAGCUGCUGUUGAAAUAUGGCUGCUGGCGGGCACCUCGCAGUGAUAGUGAGCCUUGUGUGCUGUGUCGCGACGUAUGUGGUGUUUGGACUCGGCACCAGCUCGCGUUCUGUCCGUUUCAUGUUUGGCAGCGGCGUAAACAACCGUACGGCGUUGGCCAAGCGCACGCGGAAUCAGGCACCAAAUAAAUACGACGUGUCAGAAGAAGACGUACCAAACAGUGACACAGCCAUGGGCAUGGUCGAUCAUAUGAUCUCUCGGAUCUUGCAGUCGCAAACCAUCCAGGAAGAGGCCAACAAGUUCUUGCACUCCCCCCUACCUCCCAAGAGGAAAGUCAGCAAAUCACAGCCGCUUGUAUUUUUCGCACAGCGAAAUGCAGGCGACGCUGCUCUCACAGACUUGCUGUCGCAGGCUUCGAAGGAGGAAUCGUUGUCAAUUGCUUCCCCUGGGAAGGACGUAGCGUGGUAUGGUGGCAAAUCUGCGGCUGUCUACAUUGGGCCUGUGGACUGGAUGGAGGUGUCUCGCACAUUUGCGCGGCGGAACAAGUUUUCCCAAGAAUCGCACGCCUGGCAUGGGGGAAAUCCGGACUUCUCGUGCAUGACAAAUUUCCAGGACCCCCUGGCGCGCAUCCAGUCAUGCUACUACCGCCAGCUCCUGAAGCAGGGCGCCCCGGCCUGCCUCGCCGAUCUGGAGCCCGAGCGGAUGCGGGAGUUCUUCCACCGGAGCCAUGGUGCGAAUGGGUACAGUUGCAUGAACGAGCCGUUCCGAUUGAUGAGCGGCUUGGUUCACGAUUAUUUGUUCGAUGUGGACGCUUCAACCGAGGAGUGGAAUUUCGUGUUCAGGUCGACGCUGCAGAACCUUGCCCGCUGCGUCCCGAUCAUCGUCGAGGAUGUUUCAACGCUCAAGGCUGCGGCCUCAUGGUUUCCGAUGCUCGAUGAGGGCGCGAAUGAUAUCAGUGACCUCGUGGAGGAGAUCAAGAGCGAGUCCUCAACGUGUAAGCUUUCUGAGCCCCAGUUGGAUGUGCUGAGAAGCCUAACAGCACACGAACAAAGGCUGUACGACUUGGCUGUAGAGAGGGCCAGACAAUUUCUCCCCCAUAGGGCCUGAUGCUCGGAUCUAGGUAUUAGCUGAUGACAAGAGGUGUGCGGGCCUCUGUGCCAAUUGUAUCAUCCGCGUUGUACUGCAAGAGAGAAAACAUCCAAGGGAACCCAGGACUGGCCCCCUACGGUCCCAAGAGGCCUCGCCGAGAAGGUCUGAAUAGUGUUUGGGCGUCGGGCUUCGAGAGGACAUCGCGCCAUGGAUGCUAUCUCGGCAUGCGCGUGACUUGUUGUGCUUCGUGCUGUUGCGUGUUGGUCAUGGGCACGUCGUAUGUGGCCCUCCGCUGGCGAGCAGCGUGCGCAAAUCAUGGAUCCUUUUUCCCGGAAAGGGCGGGGGCCCAGGG